AUGACCACAGUCCGGGACUUUGAGAGUCGCAGUCGUGGCCGUGCGCCGACAAUAACAACCCAGCACACCGACGACGAGGGUAGGCCGCAGUCCCCGGUAGCCGUCGACCAUCCUGAUCUUGAUCGGCGGGGGAGUAUAACCAGCCAUCUCUCUGUACAGGGCUCCAUACGUCAUCGCAAGCCUUCGAGGUCAAAUACGGUCCACACAUAUCCGCCACCCUAUCAAGAAGUGCAAUCUGGGUCCGAUAUCUACGCUCCAGGCGCCGAACCAGGCAUUGACACUGGAGCCUCCGACGAGAACAUCCCUCCCCACAUCACAAACCUCAAAGAAGUUUGCGACAUCAAAAUCAUCGAUUUCUCAGACAAAGCUGUGACGCAUCAGGAGGCUGACAACGACUCUCUUGCUUCCUUUCUCGAUAUUCCUCGGACCGAAGACCUGCCAUGCCGUUGGAUUUCCAUCAAUGGACUGAGUUGGGAUGUUAUCCGCGUGGUCGGAAACAAGUACGGGCUUCAUCGUCUUGCCAUCGAGGAUCUGACUCAUACCAAGACUCGUACAAAAGUUGACUGGUAUGCGGACCAAGCUUUCAUCGUUCUUACCUUGCAGAAGCUAGUGCGACUACACCAACAUAGGGGUAAGAACGAAAAGUGUAGUUGCGAUGCUCUGACCGAAGAUGAAAGUGAGAUGAUCGAGGAGAAGUUUCACGACAGAGAUCGCUACCGACGGAGAUGGUGGCACUGGACGAAGAAGAAGAAGCCUUCUUCCGAUGUGCUGCCUCGAUAUCUCGAUCAAAAUCGAGAUGGUAAGCUUGACGAGUUCGUCAGUGCCCAUAGUAGUGCAUCGGACAAUUCGCCCGUCAAGCGUAUACGCACCCUCCACCGCUACGAAAGCGCUCAGAUUCCAGAACAUACAGCAUGGAUGGAGCGCCACAGUGCACUCACGGAGGACGAUCUCGCUGUAGGAGUGGAGCAAGUGUCGAUGUUCCUCCUGGCCGACAACUGUGUCAUUUCAUUCUUCGAAAACUCCGCAGAGGAUGUGGAAGAGCCUUUACUAAGGCGUCUGGACAGUCCAGCAACGAUGCUUCGAAGAAGUUGCGAUGCCUCCCUACUCACACAAGCCAUUAUUGAUGCCAUCGUGGAUUUGUCAAUCCCUGUCAAAGACGCUUACAACAAAUGCCGAAAGGAGCUGCAAAUCGACGCCAUGACAAAUCCCAACAUCCGUACCUCUCGCGCUCUGCAUAUCUUUGGGGAGGAGAUUGAUAUGCUGCAAAACCUCUUCAAGCCUAUCGUGCACCUCGUUAACGCCCUCCGCGAUCACAACUCCGAGCCACAACCGCCGCCUUCGGCGGCCAUUCCGACCCCAGCAACUACACCCCUACCAGAAGAGACCCCGAACCCACCGGAGUAUUAUGCUCCCAGACCCGCCAGAUCAGCACGCGACCGACAAGGCGUCCCGGCCACCCAACGCAAGCUCUCCGACUUUCGUCGCAUCGCAAAGACACGUGCGGAAUCAGCAGUCAGCGUGACAAUAUCGCCACUGGCACACACCUACUUCGGCGACGUCCUCGAUCACUGUAUCACAAUGAUAUCCGCUCUCGAGCAAAUGGACGCCAGCGCGAACAACAUCUCCACCCUAAUCUUCAACACUGUUGGUGCAAAGACCAAUAACUUCAUGAUGAUCCUCGCCGUCGUCACUGUAUUCUUCGCACCGUUGACCUUUAUCUCUGGUUAUUUCGGAAUGAACUUUUCCAGUGGCGCAGGCUUGGCGCAUCCGUUCGCGUUCUUUUGGGUUGUUGCCGCGCCGAGCUUGGUCGGGUUCAUGUUGUUGGUCUUUGGGUUUAUGCUGUGGGACAACAUUCGAGAUUUCCUCAACAGGAGGGGUGUGAAAGCGAGAUGGGCGAAGCCAGGGAAGAGACCUAGGAAGAUUUGA